AGCGAAGGGGGCACGGAGGUCCCACAUUGCGGGUUGUGCCCCAGGCAUGGCUUGACUACAGGCCAUUAAGUACCUAUGGGGGAACGGAAAUUGGAUAAUGGUUCUCCUCCAUGUGCCAGACAAAGGCAUGACGUGAGCCAGAGGCUGGCAGUUGAAGAUGGACCGAUUCAGACUGGAGAUGAGGGUUCGGCCCAAGGUGAAAGUUUCCCCCACAAAAUCGGGGUCCGAGCCCCACUCCCACCUGCUGGUUUGCUCGGUGACGGGGUUUUACCCCGGGGGGAUCGAGAUCCAGUGGCUGAAGAACGGGCAGGAGCAGACGGCCGGGGUGGUGUCCAAGGAGCUGCUCCAGAACGGAGACUGGACCUUCCAGAUCCUGGUGAUGCUGGAGAUGAGCCCCCGGCGCGGGGACGUCUACACCUGCCAGGUGGAGCACGUCAGCCUGCGGGGGCCCCUCGCCGUGCACUGGGGGUUGGCCUGCACAGACCCAGGAAGGUUUGCGAGUAAACAGAGCCAAUUACAACCAAUCGUCCUGGUUACUGGGAGCCAUCAAGAUUCCAAGCCACCAUUACUGGCCCCCACUUUGCAGAACUACAAUCGGCCUCAGAGUUAUAGUUCAGAUUCCUAGUUCCAGAUCCAAGAGUGGCACAUUCGUACAAACAGGAUGAGCACACUCAGGAAAUUUUAGGCUUUGUAAUGAUCCCUCACAAGAGACGUUUUGCAAGAAGCAUAUUCCCAUUACAUUAUAUUCACGCUCAUUAGCAUAUUUCCAUAAACAGAUGGAGUGCGACGUCACAGGGGUCACCCCAGGGGACUGCCCCCCUGCUGUGGGGAGCAGUCACCAGCUCCGUUACUCUGGGUUGGAGGAAAUAGGGGACCCUGAAGGGGGCAGGGCCCAACACCCAGACCUGCCCUGACCCCAGCAAUGGGUUGAGACAAGAGCUGGAACCCAGAGGGUGAAUUUGGGGGAGAUUCAAUCAGCGUCUGCUCCUGGGCCAAGAGGGGAAACCCAAGCAGGGGGCUCCCCCUGCACAGUGAGGUCCCCCAGCCGCCAGAAAAGCCGCACCCCACAUGGAGUCCCACCCACCAGCUGGCACAUUGCACCCACAACCAACUGGGGAGUGUCACUGCAUGUCACUCUUAUGAGACCAGCGUGAGACAGCCCAGCAACGAGGAGCUACCCUACAAUAACAACCCAGCCUGUCCACAGCCCAGCGCUCCCCAGCAACCCUACAAUAACAACCCAGCCUCUCCACAGCCCAGCAACGAGGAGCUACCCUACAAUAACAACCCAGCCUCUCCACAGCCCAGAGCUCCCCAGCAACCCUACAAUAACAACCCAGCCUGUCCACAGCCCAGCGCUCCCCAGCUACCCUACAAUAACAACCCAGGCUCUCCACAGCCCAGCAACGAGGAGCUACCCUACAAUAACAAACCACCCUCCCCACAGCCCAGCGCUCCCCAGCUACUCUACAAUAACAACCCAGCCUCUCCACAGCCCACCAACGAGGAGCUACCCUACAAUAACAAACCAGCCUCUCCACAGCCCAGCGCUCCCCAGCUACCCUACAAUAACAACCCAGCCUCUCCACAGCCCAGCAACGAGGAGCUACCCUACAAUAACAACCCAGCCUCUCCACAGCCCAGAGCUCCCCAGCUACCCUACAAUAACAACCCAGCCUGUCCACAGCCCAGCGCUCCCCAGCAACCCUACAAUAACAACCCAGCCUGUCCACGGCCCAGCGCUCCCCAGCUACCCUACAAUAACAACCCAGCCUCUCCACAGCCCAGCAACGAGGAGCUACCCUACAAUAACAACCCAGCCUCUCCACAGCCCAGCGCUCCCCAGCUACCCUACAAUAACAAGCCAGCCUCUCCACAGCCCAGCAACGAGGAGCUAACCUACAAU